AUGCUCACCUUUGCCGGUCGCCCUAAAUCUUCAGUUUUUGGCCGUCAUAGUACCGACACCAGUCCGCCUAUGGACGGCGAAGGAGGAGGAGGAGGAAAAUCGUCACGAAUCAAGCGGCUAUCCUUCAUGAUGCAUUCGCCGCGUCCGUCCCAGAGCCCUGGCUCUGAUGUAUCGCCCAUGGCAUCUGUACCGCCGAAGGAGGUGCAGCCCGAGACAAAGCUGGAUGCCAAGAUGCCCGCCAGAACGGAUUCUGUGAAGACCAAGGCGAGCACCACGAUUGAUACAUCAGUAUCUUACUUUCCACCGCCGAUCAAGGUUGAUGCAAAGAUUGAUGAGACUCAGGCUUCUAGUGGAGAGCCCUCGCCAAUGGACCCGAGGAAAUCUAGCAUCUCUUUCCCCGAGGAGCUGCCAAAACCUGAUCAUUCGCCUUCGGACAGAACGCCUACCGAUGCCCGUUCAGAGAGUUCGUUUGGUCGAAAGUCGUCCAUUUCAUCCGUUUCAUUUCGACGAUCAAGAAACCCAUCCAUUGCGCCUGGUCCUCAGAAGCAGACUCCUUAUAGCCUGCGCAUUCGAAAUGCGUCCCCGCCGCCCCAACGGUAA